ACGACAGAAGCCCUCCCGCAGCCAUUGGAGCAUGAUUUCAGAAAGAAAAACUGGGGCGAGGCCAGUGGUAUUGGAAAUAUAUAAGGACUCGAGAGCAACCGGGCAGCUAGACUGAGGAAGCUCUUUUCUCCGUCUCUUAAUGGGAUACGUACAGGAAGCACGCGAGAAUCACGUCAAGAAGAAGGUGGAAGAAGCUUUAAGAAGCAAAAUGAAGCAGAAGGCUCUAAAGGAGUGUGACCAGUACACUUCAAAGUAUGCUCAAUGCGCUGUGGGAAGAACAUUAUCUGUUGUUUGGCAAUGUCGGAUACAAGCUAAAGAGUUGAAUGAUUGCCUCCAUCAAUACACCAAUGAUGCUGUUUUGGAAGAAAUGAAGAGACAAUAUAUGCUUCAACAGGACGGCAAGGGAUCUGCAGGAGAAGUCUAAGCUCAUUCUUUUGAAUGGCAUCCAUUUUAUGCUAUAUUCAAAGAGUUGUACAAUUUGUUAUUUAAUGAAAGGUGUAAGGGUGGGAUUAGUCCGAGGUAUUAGAACAUCAUAGAUCAACAUGGAGUUUUCUGACUGGAAUUUCGGUCCAAUCUAUUUAAGAUUCUGGUAACAACACUUCUAUUUGGUUCUGAGUUGCACCAAGACAACAUUGCUUCUUCUAAGGUUCCGUUUGGAUGUUGAGUUGAGUUUAAAUGAAUUAAGUUAUUUAUUAA